UGGCCAGCUCGGCCAGCACGGCAAAACAACUCGCAUCGAACUUAUACAAUUUUUCGUGACAUGGAAACUUGCUUAGCCGCGUGCACGAGCAUUUCGACCGGGUUCAAUUUGACAUGUUCGGAUGAUUGCUAUAGAGGGUGAGUCGUCGAAAGUGCUCAAUUUAUCUUGUCGAAGAAGUCGAAGCUGGAUGUCGCCACUUUAACCGGGUCUUUGAUUUUUGUGUUUUGACGACGUUACAGGAACGGUUGGGUGCCAUCGAGCCCCCCUGAUACAGCCACAUCUUCACGCACUACUCUUAAUAUAUUGCUAGCAUGUUGUUUACUAGUGCUCUCGGGUCUAUUUAGUGGGCUCACGCUCGGACUCAUGAGUCUGGAUAUGGUUUCCCUCGAGAUAUUAGCUGAGGGAGGCGAAGAACAGGAACGCGAGUGCGCCAAGAAAAUUCUUCCCGUGCGCGCGAAAGGCAAUCUAUUGCUGUGCACGUUACUGCUCGGGAACACUAUGGUCAAUGGUGCGAACGCGCCUUCAUCCACUUCUUUUCAAAUACUUGCGUUACAACUGUUCUCCCGCUCCCCCAAACCCGGCCCGCAGCACUCAUUGCUAUUUUGAUGGCUGAUCUGACAGAUGGUUUAGUCGGUUUGGCUUUGUCGACACUCUCAAUCGUGAUUCUAGGAGAAAUCGUGCCGCAGGCUGCAUGUUCACGCUAUGGGCUUUACAUCGGUGCCAACACUGUGUGGUUGGUAAAAAUCUUUAUAGUUCUCAU